GUAUGAAAAGCCCAAUGAGAAACAUCGAGUGGUAUAUCUCAUAGACAAUAACGUGGAAACAAAUCAGGAUAUAUACUUUAUCCAUGAGGAUACCCAAGAAAGCAUCAUACGAAAUAUUCUCACGGAUCUGAUAAAAAAGAGAAAAGAAGCCAAGAAAGAGCGUGACAAGUAUAUUGGGAUUAAUGAUGUGAUAUAUAAUAUACUAGAUCAGAAGCAACUUGCGUAUAAAGCAUCGGCAAAUACAUUAUACAGAGGCCUAGGUUCACCAUAUCUCAGUAUUGCUGUACCAGUGAUAUCACAGUAUGUGACCUUUGUUGCUCAGGAACUGAUAAAAACUUUAAAAAAAUUUAUAGAAUUGUAUCACACCGGAAAAUAUAAAUAUGACCAGAACAUGAUCUGUGACGAAACCAGUGAGUACUACGGCCAUUUAAAAUACAUCGAGUUAAAUAAUGGUUUGGUAAAGGAAUAUGAAGAACUUAUAUUCAAGAUGCACGAUCAAAAUCUAAAAGAUGCUAACAUGGGAACUAUCCUCGAAAUUUUAACCGAAGGUGAUAUUUUUCUCUUAGAGGAGCUUUCUUCCCAAGUAGUACAAUACCUACAUUCUGAUAUUAAUAGGUUCAUAGGAAAAGAUAUGGUGACGUUG